AUGCCGUCUGCUGUGAGACCACCACGGACCUUGUACGACAAGGUCUUCGAGGACCACAUUGUCGACGAGAAGGAGGAUGGCACGAUCCUGCUAUACAUUGACAGGCAUCUGGUGCACGAAGUGACGUCGCCACAAGCAUUCGAAGGCCUCCGAAACGCCGGCCGCAGAGUGCGAAGACCGGAUUGCACACUCGCAACCGUAGACCACAACAUCCCCACAGUCUCGCGAAAAUCCCUCACCACAACCGAGAAAUUCAUCGACGAGGCCGACUCGCGGACUCAGUGCAUGACCCUCGAGGACAACGUCAAGGCAUUCGACCUCACAUAUUUUGGCCUGGACGACAAACGACAGGGCAUCGUACACAUUAUCGGCCCUGAGCAGGGCUUCACGCUGCCCGGCACCACUGUCGUGUGCGGCGACAGCCACACAUCCACCCAUGGCGCCUUUGGCUCCAUCGCGCAGGGCAUCGGCACAAGUGAGGUCGAGCACGUUCUGGCCACGCAGACGCUCAUCACUCGGCGGAGUAAGAACAUGAAGGUGCAGGUUGACGGAGAGCUAGCACCUGGUGUCAGCAGCAAGGAUAUCAUCCUGCACGUAAUAGGAGUCAUCGGAACGGCCGGCGGCACCGGCUGUACCAUCGAGUUCUGCGGAUCCGCCAUCCGAAGUCUUAGCAUGGAGGCGCGUAUGUCGAUAUGUAACAUGUCGAUUGAGGCUGGUGCACGUGCGGGCAUGAUUGCACCGGAUCAGACUACCAUCGACUACCUGAAGGGACGUCCGCUUGCACCCAAGGUCGACAGCCCGGAAUGGAAGAAGGCCGUCAACUACUGGCUCACAUUAAACUCGGACCCCGACGCGAAGUGGGACCACGAGGUAUUCAUUGACUGCAAGGACAUUGCGCCCACCGUCUCAUGGGGCACUUCUCCUCAAGAUGUCGUCCCGAUCACCGGCAAGGUCCCCAGCCCAGAUGAUUUCCAGGAUGAAGUCAAGAAAAACGCCUGUAUACGUGCGCUUGAGUACAUGGGUCUGACGGCUGGAGUUCCUAUGCAAGAGAUCGCUGUGGACAAGGUCUUCAUCGGUUCAUGCACAAACGCCCGUAUCGAGGAUCUGCGCGCGGCGGCACGUGUUGUACAAGGCAAGAAGGUUGCUUCAAAUAUCAAACAUGCUAUGAUUGUUCCCGGAUCUGGUCUCGUCAAGAAGCAAGCCGAAGCUGAGGGUCUCGACAAGAUCUUCAUCGAUGCAGGUUUCGACUGGAGAGAAGCAGGCUGCUCCAUGUGCCUAGGCAUGAACCCCGAUAUUCUCUCCCCUGGUGAGCGCUGUGCCUCAACGUCAAAUCGAAAUUUCGAAGGACGACAGGGUGCAGGAGGCCGCACACAUCUCAUGUCCCCGGUCAUGGCUGCCGCAGCUGCCGUCGUUGGGAACCUCGCUGACGUCCGUAAACUCGCGCCGCCAUCCAUGUCCGCCGCAAAGGGUUCCCCGAAAGUCGAAGUUCAGGGCGACGCACACAUCGAAGAUCCCACCUCAGACGAAGAUCUUGACCAAAUCAUGGACCUGCCCGCCGACUCUGUCUCCCACCCCUCCUCCACCUCCACCAAGGGCGCCUCAGCAGGCAUGCCCAAGUUCGAGACCCUCCGCGGAUACGCCGCACCCAUGGACAUCGCCAAUAUCGACACCGACGCUAUCAUCCCUAAGCAGUUCCUCAAGACCAUCAAGCGGUCCGGUCUCGGCUCCGCGCUCUUUCACGCCUGGCGCUACGAGGCCGGCAGCGACGUCGAAAACAAGAACUUUGUCCUCAACCAGGAGCCGUUUCGCCAAUCCAAGAUCCUCGUCUGCACAGGACCCAACUUCGGAUGCGGUAGUUCGAGGGAACACGCGCCUUGGGCGCUGCUCGACUUCGGCAUCAAGUGCAUCAUUGCCCCAUCAUAUGGCGACAUUUUCUUCAACAACACGUUCAAGAACGGCAUGCUGCCCAUCCGCAUUUCCGACCAGGCCACCCUCGAGAAGAUCGCAGAGGUCGCUAAGUCCGGCAAGGAGCUCGAGGUCGACCUGCCGAACCAUGUAAUCCGCGAUGCGGAUGGCAACGAGUUGUCAAAGUUCGACGUCGAGGAAUUCAGGAAACACUGCCUGAUUAAUGGGCUGGACGACAUUGGUUUGACUAUGGGCAGCGUGGAGCACAUUGAAAGACACGAGACUAAGCGGACGAGGGAGUGGCCGUGGUUGGAUGGCAGCGGCUACCUGGCGAGACACCGCAAGGGGCCAGUGAAGAUUGAGGCCGCUGCUGUGCCGAAGACGAACCGUGGUGAGGUCGUUGGAGAGCCGUUGGAGUGGUAG